ACUCUCUUGAUCACCCUUCACUUUUUGUGAUUGUUCUUGAUCAGUUUGUAUAUUUGUAUUCUGUUGGUUUGUUUUUAAAACAAGUCUUACUUGUGCAAUCCUUUACAAUUGAAGCACCAAAAAAGAAAAAGUUUUUUUUUUUUUUUGGCUGUGCUCAAAGGACAAGUAGCAUAAUGUUGGUUAAUAUUGACUUAUAACAACCCCUUUGGUUUGUCGAAUUUGAGAUGAUUUUGUCCAGAAACUAGUCCAUGAAAUGAUGAAUUGCAGUGAGAAGUAGUGUAACGUCUGUUUGCCUUAAAGUUAAAGUCCACAUUAUUGAUCUUAAAGUCCAAAAAUUAUGUGGAAAAAGCAUAUGAGAUUCUGUUAUCAAUAUUCAAAGUAUGUGCAGAUUUUUUUUUCUUUAAUAUUUUUGGUAUAAAGGCCUAAGAUUACAAGUAGAUCUAGUUUAAUUACUCAAAGGUUAAGCAUUUCUUCAUCAUAUUCUGUUUUUGUAAGAUACAGUUAAAACUAGACAUGAGAUACCCUUUAUUGCCAGGACUGGAUUUUUUAAGUUUCUCCUCUUUUUUUUUUUUUUUUUUUUUUUUUUUUUUGAUAUGGUAAAAGUUUUAUUAGUAGAAGUACCAAGAAGGUACAUAAAAGUAUAGAAACAAACAUCCCUACAAUAAGUUCAAGUUGCAUAAUUCCCAAGUGAAUCCAAGAAAUCCAUAUAUUGAUCCAAGUUUUUUUUUUUCAAUUUCUCCUUUGAUCGCUUGGUACGGAAUUUAGCCUUUUUUUCCUGUUGAAUUUCUCUCAAACUAAUGCUGAGGUUUGUGAUUUUACUGUUAGCUAAAGACAUGCAUUAGCCUGAAGCAGGUGGACUUUCUUUUGAAGAGGCCAAGAGGGUUAUAGUUUCUAGAGAGUUGGGAUAUGAGAGUUUCCAUUAAAGCAAAUUAUUAUCAUUCAAGUACAAUGGCAAACUAGAUAACAGGAUUUUGAUUGUGCUCAAGUACAGGCUAGUACCUCUGGUUACUCCUCAUUGUUCUAAUGCGUGAUAUUUCAUUCUUGCAAACAUGCCACAAACUCCGCAAAAAUCAUUCUUCACCCUCUCUUUUAUCCCCUUACUUUUGGUGUAUACGCUCAUCCACUUCGACUCAUCUUUAUACCCUCAAGUAGAGUCUGAGCCAUUUAUUUCUAGUAGCCCCGAUGACUGGCAACAUCACCAGAAGCAACUAUCCGAUAGCAGAAAUUAUAUUGUUCGAUUCUAUCAUUAUAGGGAUGCUGACAAUCACUGGAAUUAUCUUCAAGAUAACUUGAAAUUUAAGGGAUGGCAAUGGAUUGAGAGGAAAAAUGCAGCUGCCAGAUUUCCUACUGACUUUGGAUUGGUGGCAAUCAACGAGUCAGUGAAAGAAAUCUUGCUAGAAAAGUUCAUAGAAUUGAAUCUUGUAAAAGACGUUUCAUUGGAUUUGAGCUAUCAAAGGAAAGUUCUUGAAGAGAAGAGUGAAAAGAUUGGGGCUUUUGCCAAUGGGAAGAAGAGGCCAGGGAAGAUUUUUACUGCUAUGUCCUUCAGUGAAGGUCAAAACUAUGCGGUGGCCAACACUAGUAAAUUGAAGAUUAGCUGGAACAGACAUCUAUUGAUGCAGAAAUCUCAAGUCACAUCCCUCUUUGGGGCUCAUGCACUUUGGUCAAAAGGGAUUACUGGUGCUAAAGUCAAAAUGGCUAUUUUUGAUACAGGCAUUCGGGCAGGUCACCUGCAUUUUCGCAAUAUCAAGGAACGCACAAAUUGGACCAAUGAAGAUACAUUGAAUGACAAUGUAGGACAUGGGACAUUUGUAGCUGGUGUCAUUGCUGGUCAGGAUGAAGAAUGCCUCGGUUUUGCUCCAGACACAGAGAUCUAUGCUUUCCGUGUAUUUACAGAUGCACAGGUCUCUUACACGUCGUGGUUUCUUGAUGCAUUUAAUUACGCAAUUGCAACCAACAUGGAUGUGCUGAAUUUGAGCAUAGGUGGACCUGAUUAUUUGGAUCUCCCUUUUGUGGAAAAAGUUUGCGAGCUUACCGCAAACAACAUGAUCAUGGUUUCCGCUAUCGGAAAUGAUGGACCACUUUAUGGUACUCUAAACAAUCCUGCAGAUCAAAGUGAUGUGAUUGGUGUUGGUGCUAUUGAUUAUAGUGAUCAUAUAGCCUCAUUUUCUUCACGUGGCAUGAGUACCUGGGAGAUUCCUCACGGUUAUGGUCGUGUGAAGCCAGACCUUGUUGCUUAUGGACGUGAGAUUAUGGGACCCAAAAUUAACACAGGUUGUAAAAGAUUAUCUGGCACAAGUGUGGCCAGUCCUGUGGUUGCUGGCAUAGUAUGCCUCCUUGUUAGCAUCAUACCUGAGAACAAGCGAAAGGACAUUCUAAAUCCAGCCAGUGUCAAACAAGCGCUGGUUGAGGGGGCAACAAAGCUUUCCGGUCCCUACUUAUAUGAGCAGGGCGCUGGCAGGGUUAACUUGUUGGAGUCCUAUGAAAUAUUAAAGAGCUAUAAACCUCGAGCAAGCAUCUUUCCCGGUGUUCUUGAUUACACUGAUUGCCCUUACUCUUGGCCAUUUUGCCGUCAACCACUUUAUGCGGGUGCAAUGCCAGUUAUAUUUAAUGCCACUAUUUUAAAUGGAAUGGGUGUAAUUGGUUAUGUUGAGAACCCACCUACAUGGCAUCCUUCUAAUGACGAAGGUAACCUUCUUAGCAUCCGUUUUACUUAUUCAGAUGUCAUUUGGCCUUGGAGUGGUUAUCUAGCAUUACACAUGCAAAUCAAGGAAGAAGGAGCUCAGUUUUCAGGAGAAAUUGAAGGCUAUAUAACUGUCAAAAUCUACAGCCCACCAGCUGUAGGUGAAAAGAGUCGGCGAAGUAGUACCUGUGUCCUGCACCUGAAACUGCAAGUGAUUCCUACACCGCCUAGAUCUGUACGGAUAUUAUGGGAUCAAUUUCACAGUAUCAAGUAUCCACCUGGUUAUAUUCCGAUAGACUCCUUUGAUGUUAGGAAUGACAUGCUUGACUGGCAUGGUGAUCACCUGCAUACAAACUUCCAUUCACUGUUUGACAUGCUAAGAGAUGCUGGAUACUAUAUCGAAACUCUUGGCUCCCCUCUCACGUGUUUUGAUGCGAACCAGUAUGGGACGCUUCUCCUGGUGGAUCUCGAGGACGAGUACUUUCCUGAAGAGAUAAAGAAGCUAAGGGAUGAUGUCAUUAAUUCAGGUCUUGGUCUGGUUGUAUUUGCUGACUGGUAUAAUGUGGAUGCAAUGGUAAAGAUGAGGUUAUUUGAUGGUAAUACACAUAGCUGGUGGACACCAGUCACUGGAGGUGCCAAUGUUCCUGCUUUGAAUGAUCUUUUGGCUACCUUUGGGAUUGCAUUUGGCGAUAAAAUUCUAAAUGGUGAUUAUGUCCUAUCCAGUCAACAGAAUCGGUAUGCAUCUGGGACUGAUAUUUUGAAGUUCCCGAGCGGUGGAUACUUGCACAUCUUUCCGUUCCUGGAUAUAUCAGAGAGCACGGCCACUCAGAAUGUCGUAUUACCUGGCAUGACCAAGAUAGAUUCACCUAUUCUUGGUCUUGUCGAGGUUGGUGGGGGUCGAGUUGCCGUAUACGGGGACUCUAACUGUGUGGACAGCAGCCAUAUGGUUACCGAUUGUUAUUGGCUUCUGAAGAAGAUAUUAGAUUUUACUAGCAGAAACAAAAAAGAUCCUGUACUUUUCUCAGACUCAGUUAGACAAAAUACACCAUUAUAUGUUGACAACAAGAAGUUACCAUCGCGCAGAGCAGAUGUAAAUUUUUCUAUGUAUUCUAGUGUUGUUGGAAAGGAGUUGAUCUGCGGGCGUGACUCAAAAUUUGAAGUAUGGGGAACAAAGGGUUACAAUUUACCGGCCAGGGGAAAGAACCGCAGAUUGCCCGCCAAUGACUUGGAUAGAGGUCUUAAUUCUACUUUUGAAACACCAGUUUGGUUAAUAUCUGAUUCAGCACAGAGGAAUGUUGACUCUAUCGAGAACAAGUACUGGAGUUCAUUUUACAAAGAUGAUAUUGACAUGCCUUUACUAGUUGCUAGCCACUGGUUUGUGCCAGCAAUUGUUGCCAUUAUUGGUCUGAUGCUCUUAUUCUGGCGCAUGCAAAAGCGUGGCAGGAGGAGAAGAUUUAGCUCAGGUCGUUUUACUAAUUUAUAGCCCUAAU